GCUUAGUAUUAUUUUCAUGAAUAAACAAAAAAACAAGAGAGACAAAAUUGUAGAGAGAGAAAGAAAUCUAAGAACUGUAGAGAGAGAAUGUACCUGAAGAAGGCUCUGUGGAGUGAGGGAAUAUCAGCCGAUAAGGGUUCGACGGAGCCGGACGCUAAACCACCGUCGACGGAGGUGGGAGAGCUCGUGAAUGUCUUGACCGAACAGAGAGUUCAUAGGGAGGUCACUCUCGCUCUCCGUAGCGGUCUCAGGGACGCGCGAGCCGAGUUCUCUUUCCUCCGAGUCCGCGGUCUCAGAAGACUUCUCAAGUUCCUCCGAUCUGUGGCAGAGUCCGAUUUCACCAUAAAUAUUUUUUCUCAGACUCAGUCCAUCCCCGAGCUUCAAGUGGUUCCGGUCCUCUUUCAACAUUCAUUGAAAGAGUCUGAAGAUGACAUUGUAUCAACUUGGGACCAUAUUUUUGGUGUGGAACCUAUGAAUAUCACCAGUCCUUCUACCGAUUCUGAAGUUUCACUUGCUCUUCGUGUUUUGGAAGGUUGCUGUCUUCUCCAUAAAGAUAGUACUAUGUUAGCCCAUCAAUACAAGGCAAUUGAGGUAUUGAUGACCAUAUUAUCAACGAGAGGAAUGCUUGAACAGGGUGCGUGUUUAGAUGCUUUGAUCUCCAUUAUGCUGGAAUCAUCAGCCAAUCAAAUGGAUUUUGAAGCAUGUAACGGGAUUGAGGAAGUUGCAGAGCUAAUAAGAGACAAACAAGCAGAUGAAAAUCUCAGGUUGAAAUGCGGAGAAUUUUUGCUGCUACUCAUUGGGCACGUAAAUGGACGAGGAAGGCCUCCAUUGGCAUCCAUACAAGAAGACAUAAGGCGACUUCUGGGGGAGAACUCUGCCUCCUUGAUAUGGGCAGCUAGUCAAUUUGGCUCUACACUUGAUCCAGAUCAGAGAUUGACUGCACUGCAUAUCCAAGCUCGGAGAGUGCUCGAGUCCUUAGACCUGUACUGAAUUCCUUCCUUAACUUGUUCUCUUUGAAUACUGAAUAGUCUUUUUUCUUUUUAAUUGUUAGUAUUUAAGAUUUUAGAAUGCCUGCUAAUUUUGGCAAUUGUUGAUUUGUAGAAACUGUGAGAAAUAUAGGACAACACAAUAGUAUGUUUCUUUUUAUUUUGUUUGAUGUAAUCACAAACUAGUUGUAAAGUCCUGUUUUAUGUGCAAAUGCAAAUUUUCCAAAGUAGCAUAAAUCA